AUGGCCACACCUGAUUCGAAGCCGGGGGCGGAAACGGAUUCCUUCCUCGGCGCCCCCGGCCCCGGCCACAGGCUACUCAGGCCCGCCUACCGGGUUCAAGGGACCAACAGCUGUUCCCGGACAGACCGACAGCGAGAGGGAGGGGACAAGAGAGGGAAAGGCGCCCUCGGGUCGACAGACAAGGACAGACCAGACAGACGAGGGAAAGAGGGUAGAGAAGGGGUGCGAAGGCCCGGCAAGCCGAGACACAUAAAGAAAGGGGGCGGCAGGGAGCGAGAGAAGGCGGCGAAGCUCAUCAGCGGCCAGGACGCCAGGCGCGGGGGAGCCAGCGGCGCGGGGCCGGUCCGGGACCCCCGCCCCUCGCGGUGCGGCCUAAAGCAGCGGCCUCGCCUCCCGCGACGCCCGGCCGGUGAGGCGCGCCGGCCCCGGCGCCCGCCCACCGGCCCCAGAGACCACUUACCCAGCGCGCCCGGCCGACGCUCCCGGGCCGCGGCGGCGCACCGACGCCAACGCGCCGCCGACACCGCGGGCUGGGCGCUCGGCGUCAGCCCCCGACGGCAACACCGCUCCGGCGCCAACCCCUACGCAGACUCCGCGGGACGCGCGGCGGCGCGGGGUCACGGCGCGUACGGCCGGAAGAGAGGCGCCCGGCGCCUGCGUUGA